AUGUACAGAUAUCAACCCUAUGGCAGCUUACUGUACACUGGAGACAGCUGUGCUUAACAAUGUUCACCUUCAGCCAGUCAUUACUGACUUGGUCAAAGGACUGUCUCCAAGAUUAAAUGGGAAGGUUGAUCUACUGCUGUUUAAUCCACCGUAUGUGGUAACACCUUCUGAAGAGGUGGAAAGCCAUGGAAUAGAGGCAUCCUGGGCUGGUGGCAAAAAUGGCAGAGAAGUCAUGGAUAGAGUUUUUCCUUUAGUUCCAGACCUACUUUCACCAGGAGGAUUAUUCUACUUGGUCACAAUUAAAGCAAAUAAUCCAGAUGAAAUUCUGGAAGCAAUGAAGAAAGAUGGCUUAGAAGGCACACGAGUACUCUCCAGGCAAGCAGGACAAGAGAUGCUUACUAUCCUCAGAUUUAGGAAGUCUUGAUAAUUGCUCUUUUCCGGAUACUAGGCAUGUGGAAAGUUGAACAGAAGAGUACUGAAGUUGUCAAAUCAAUUUUUAAGCCAAGA